UCGACCAAAAAUAAAAUGUGUAGCUCUGAAGCUUCUUCUUCAUCUCCAUUACCUUCAUUCUGCAGUGAAGGAUUCUCUUCUUCGCCUUCAUCUUCAUCACCUACAAAGGUAAUUAAGGUUCAGAUAGUUGCCAAGUCGGUGUCGGAUCGGCUUCUGGGAAAGUUCGCCGAUGUAUCGGAAUUCGACUUCGAUUACGAACAGAGUGGGUUGUGGUCACCUCCGGUUAGACGCACUGUGUUCUUGAAUUCUCCUGGUGAGAUAUGUAGCGAUCAGGAUAUGUUGGCUAAGCUCAAGGCGAAACGCCAUGGAAGGAGACACAAGUUUGGUUUCAACGUGAUAUGGUGUUCGUGAAGGCAGGUUCCAAUCUUCGAUGUUGAGAGA